AUGUCCGCCUUCACGGCCGUGAAAGUGCUGGCCUCGGGCCCCUUCGCCGGCAGGUCCUCCUCAGGCGACAAGGCGGCUGCAUCCGCCUGGAUCGGGUCCUCUUCGUGCAGGAUCCUCCGCCCCUUCCACCCUCAUCAGCCAUUCUCGUCUGUGUCUUCUUCUUCCCCUUCCAUUCUGCGCCCGAUCCAGGCCGUCUCCUCCUCCGAUGUGCUCAGCUCGAAGAUCGAACCGAAUUCCCCGCUCUCCAACCUGGUAAUCCUCCCUUCCAUUUGCAGAAGAUCCCGGAUCUUUCCCGGAUGGUGCUCUCACGGGCUGGGUUUCUGCAGCUGAUCACGCGAGAGGAGGCGCUGGAUCUGUACGAGGACAUGGUUCUCGGGCGGUCGUUUGAGGACAUGUGUGCUCAGAUGUACUACCGGGGGAAGAUGUUUGGUUUCGUCCACCUCUACAAUGGGCAGGAGGCCGUUUCAACAGGGUUCAUCAGGCUUCUCAAGAAGGAGGACUCCGUCGUCUCCACCUACCGCGACCAUGUCCACGCCCUCAGCAAGGGGGUCCCAGCUCGCGCUGUCAUGGCGGAGCUCUUCGGCAAGGCCACCGGCUGCUGCCGUGGGCAGGGCGGCUCCAUGCACAUGUUCUCCGCCGAGCACAAUCUUCUCGGUGGGUUCGCCUUCAUCGGAGAAGGAAUCCCCGUGGCCACCGGCGCUGCCUUCACCUCCCGCUACCGCCGCGAGGUGCUCAAGGAAGCCAACUGCGAUUAUGUUACCCUCGCGUUCUUCGGGGACGGCACCUGCAACAAUGGCCAGUUCUUCGAGUGCUUGAACAUGGCCGCCCUAUGGAAGCUGCCCAUCAUCUUCGUGGUGGAGAACAACUUGUGGGCGAUUGGAAUGUCCCACCUGCGGGCAACCUCGGACCCAGAGAUCUGGAAGAAGGGACCUGCAUUUGGGAUGCCUGGGUUUCAUGUCGAUGGGAUGGAUGUGCUCAAGGUGAGGGAGGUGGCUAAGGAGGCUAUUGGAAGGGCAAGGCGAGGAGAGGGGCCGACGCUGGUCGAGUGUGAGACCUACAGGUUCCGUGGCCACUCGCUGGCUGAUCCGGAUGAACUCCGAAACCCUGGUGAGAUUGCAUCUUCCUCAGUGGCCCCCUGAAUUGACUUUUCGUCCAAGUUUCAAUGGCUUUCCCCUCUCAUUUUCUUCAAUGGGUAGUAGCAUUUUUAUUUAUAAAUAUAAAUUAUGCUAUUUUUAUUGCAGUGUAGGCGAUAUGGUGCUUUGUGAUCCAGUAUUUAAAUGGAUCCCAAUUUAAUUUAGUCAUAUGCUUCAUAAAAAUACGAUGUUAUUAGAUCCCAUUCUACCAUGGAAACAUAUUUUUGAUUGGAUUAUUAGGCGCCUAAACAACGAAACAUAGAAUAACUCGCAAUCUGUUUUCUGGACAUGGAAUCAUUGCCACUGAUGGCAUUAUUGGCAUCUUGAAUCUGCUUUGACUUUGCAAGAUAUUCCUGAUUGGAAAUGGAAUCAAAGAAACUAUGCCUCGCAUUAUUAUUAUAUGGACUUGGGGAAUCUUGAACACUCUAUAUUUUAUAUUUUUAGGACUUAUUUUAUAGAGAUGUUGAUUUUAUAUUAUGACUACUGAAUCCCAUUCAUACCCAGAAAAAGUCAACUCCUCUUUGCUAAGAAUUCUCCUUGACCUGGAGUACGCAUAGCAUGAUUCCUCGGCUUAAUCACGUAUCAAAUUGCGAUCUGAUCAAUUUCGUCUUACAACAUGUUACCCAUUUGGGGAUGGCUUGAUCUACCGUAUAAAGGGAAUUUUUUUUUUCUCAAGUCAACUGUCGAUGAAUCUCCAUCUCCAGAACCAUUUCAAAAGAGGUUGACUCCCAGAACCCAUUGUUAAGAGGAGUCCUUUUUUUUGUUGAUCUCAAUGCCUCAACGUAUUUGUGUGCGUUGACCUUCAUUUUAAGAUAUCGAUUCCAUUUGCCCUUUUCGAUUUGUUUUCUUGGAUCUGCUCAUACUAUCGAAACAUCGAGCUCUUUGAAUACAGUGAUGCCAGAUAAUGUCUGCAUUCGAAGGAACGUUGACUUCGUAUAAGAACUUCAUUAUAACGUUGACUUAUUCCGUGGAAUUUGUCCUUUUAUUGCUCAUUUCAAGUAUGGAAUGGCAGAUAAAAUUUAAAGGAACUCGAGCAAUUAUGGGAAAAAAAUCUGAAUUGUGCUCAUCUCCUCCCCAGAUUCUUCAUCUAUUGAUUAUUCCCUCCAUCUUUUCUCCCGUCCCCAAAUAUUGGAAAUGAUUUUAGUUUUGAUAAAAUAAAUAAAUGCAUCCCGUUAUUUAAUCUCCUCACGAUCUUGUCUCUGUUCUAUUCCAGAUGAAAAAGCCCGCUAUGCUGCGAGGGAUCCAAUUGUAGCUCUGAAGAAAUACGUGAUCGAGCACAAUCUGGCGACCGAAUCCGACUUGAAGGCCAUCGAGAAGAAGAUCGACGAGGUGAUUGAGGAAGCGGUGGAGUUCGCCGACGCAAGCCCCCCUCCCCCUCGGAGCCAGUUGCUGGAGAACGUAUUUGCCGACCCAAGGGGCUUCGGGAUCGGGCCUGACGGCAAGUACCGCUGCGAGGACCCUGGGUUCACCCAGGGCACCGCUGAGGUUUGA